AUGUCCCAACAGCUGGCGGUGCUCCGGGCGCGGAAGGGAGUCGUGGUGCAUGGCCUCCGCCUGCUCAAGACCCUGGGACGCAGCGGGCGCAGCGACCGGCUGCGCUUCGGUGAGCGCGAGUUCUCCAUCGACGAGACGCCUGCGUUCCGGUUCCGCGCCCCCUCCGCGCGCGUGCUCCGCUUCAUCCCCUGCGUCGCCCCCGCCGUCCCGGACACCCCCGACGACUACAGUGGCGACCGCUACUUUUUCUGCGACCCCCGCGAGAGGGACGCGGGCAGCGUCGGGGACUGCCACGGCGCCGGGCCGAGCGAGUACGGCGUCGAGAACCUCGACGAUUGCGUGGAGGAGGAGCUGCUCCAGCGGGCAGUGAUGGGAGCGAGCUACGCCAACUUCGGCGCCGCGGAACAAGAGGACUGCGAGGACGCCGGGGUGGAUGGGAAGGCGGAGGAGUUCAUCGCCAACUUCUACUCGCAGAUGAGGCUGCAGCGGCAGAUCUCCUGGCUCCAGUACAACGAGAUGAUGCAUAAGAGCAUCUGCUAGACAAGGCGUGUUUUAUCUUUUUUUCCACUUCAAACCUCCUCUAUUCAUUUACAAGCAUAGGAAUUACGGCCAUUGGGGCCGGAUCUAGCCAAGUAUUAGGAGGAAGCAAGUUAAUUAUCCUUGCGCACUAAAUAGCCAAAAAAUAUCUUUGAGGGACCUAACAAAGAAAAUAGUACCUCCGUCCGGAAAUACUUGUCCUAGAGAUAAAUGUAUCUAGACUUAUUUUAAUUGUAAAUACAUUUAUUAUAUGCA